UAGUCUCAGUUUCUCAGCCUAACCAAACUUCUUUAUUUUUCAAUAAUUUGUCAUAAACAAACCGACACUGACUGAUCUGAGCUGACUGUUAAAACUUGAAAAUAAGAGUUGUUUAUUACAGUUUAUUCAUUAAAAUUUAACUGAGAUGCUAUUUAUUACUAGCUAAAGUAACUAAUCAAAUACAAAUUGAUUUGGUUUUGUCAUUUGCAAUACUUGAGUGGGAUUAUCAACUUGGACAAUGAAUUCGGCCAGUAAGGUUGGUGAGAUCUUCACCGCUGCUGGUGCUGCUUUCAACAAACUGGGCGAAUUGACUCUUCAGUUGCAUCCUACUGCUGAUUCUCCAGCUGGUAAGUGGACGGAUGAAGAAAUUGAAAUGCUUCGUCAUGCGAUAAAAAGGUUUGGAGACGAUCUCAAUCAAAUAAGUGAACACAUCAAAGGGAGAACUGUUUCGCAGAUUAGAGCAACAUUGAAGAAGAAGUCGUUUGAGGAUGCUGGCCUCGCAGUUCGUCCGCUGGCCGCAGCAGUGCCGCCACUACAACAACAACAGCAGCAGCAUCAGCAGCAGCAGGGGGGCAUGAUCACCGGCAAGUCAGCCGCCGAAGUGACGCUCAACAUGCUCAAUGCCUCCGAGUCCGAAGUCGACGUCGAAGGCUUGUCCGAGGAUGUCAAGCUUGACUUCGAUGGAGCCACUGAAGAAGUUACCUCAUAGUAAUAAAGCUCUGUUCAAUCUUAUUUUCAAUGUGUGAAAAGUAUAGGCCUACUGUACUUCUGUGUGGCCAAGAAUUGAACAGAAUCAAUGAAUUUUCAAGUGCAUUGGUUUUUCAGAUUCUCAAAUAGAGAUGAGUGUAUAAGUGUAUGAAACUUGAGUUCACGCUGAAGUGUUUUCCACAAAAACCUUUACUGUAUUUCUUGUAUUCUAUCGGUGGUUUAAUCCAUGUUAAUAUGCAGGGAGCAGGCUCUAUGACAGGAAAAUAAAUGAAUAUGUUUUUAGGUGUGAAGGUGACAGUAAAGUGGCUAUCCCCAUAUUGAAUAGAAAAACUCGACGUUAUAACAACCAUAAUUAUUUUUGAAUAUAGUCUUCUAAUUUUUAAAAAUUGGACACCGAUUAUUUAUGGAUUAAAUAUAAAAAAUGUGAAUAUAAUAUAAAGUCUAGCAGUGUCUUUUAUUAAAAUCAUUCGAUUCUCAAUUAUAGUUAUUUACUCAAAUAAGCGUAAUAUUAGUAUAGCAUCCAUACAAUUCACGUUGCUAAAUGAGACAAGUGUUUGAAAAAUGAAUUUAUUCCAAUUUUACUCUCAUAGGCUUCAAAAACUUUUUCUGAAAUACAUGCCGAGUGCGGUUACAGAACUGAUGCAAUAUUACAGUAUAAUUAAAUCAAAUUUAUUCUCUUCAAAAAAAUAGUUUACAAAACAUGUAAUUUUUACAUAUAACUGAAUAUAAAAAAAUACAGGAAUACAAGAUAGCACAAACAAAAGUAGUGUACAAAAGUAAUGAUUGACGAAAAAUACAAAACAGCACACAAGAUUCUCUUGUGGACCGCAGGAGGGAGUCUGGAGUCACACAAGAAUACUGUAACAUUAUUACAGUAUAUUAUUAUUAUUAUACAUUAUUACAGUCCUCCAUCUUUAAAAAAACAACCAAUAGAUUGUUGAGUAGUAGUACUACCAAUAUGAUGUGGUAGUUGAUAACUGAUAAAUGACAAUGAUAACACAUACGGUACUAGUAGAGCAAAGUAUUAAAGCUGCGAGUCUAUAGAGGUGCGUACAGAUCUACGCGCCGCGAACACGAGCAAUUCAUUUUUUAGCAGCUGAUGCCAAGCUUUUUAUAUCUGUAUCUUACCGUUUCUGAACAAAUACAGAUAUAAUCAGCUGAUGGAAAGUGAAUUGGUCGUGUUCGCGGCGCGUAAAUCUGUACCUACCUUAAGUUACCUGUCAAGUGAUUACUUUUGAAAACAGUUUUCUAUUUAUAUUUCAAGUUUUUAAAUUUAAGAGUCCUCUUAUUUUUUAUUUGUGAUUUUGUAAUAGACUACUUUCAAGAGUAACGUUAUUAUCAUUUGUAUCGAAGAGAUAUAUACCUUCUGGAAUAAGGGUUUUUAUAUUUGUAUUUUUAAAGCGUCUUGAUUAGAAAAUGAUUGAUUUAAUUUUGGGACGCAUUAAAUUAUUUUCAUUGACCUUGAGAACAAACAGUGUAGGAUAUUGACAAGUUUUGGUUCAACUUCGAUUCCAACGUCUAAUAGUUUCAAAUUUUCUACUUCUGGAUCUACCAAAUACUUGACUCUAGAUUGUAUAAUAAUCUUUAUGUGUAGUGUUGUAAAGAAUUAUGAAAGAUACUGUUUGUAAAGAAUUUUAAAUCUUUUGCGUAUUUCUUUCGAAUACCUAACAAUUUGUACAGGUCAAAUUAUAUUCUAAAGAUUCAAUUUCCUUUUAUGUAUUGAAUUUUAUUAAAUUUAUUGUAAUUCUUA